AACUUUGCAAAAUGACGUCAUUAUGUUAUUUUCACAAAAUCAGAUAUUAAAUGUCUUAUCCAAUCAGCGUUGAGCAAGAAUCCACGUUUCGUUUCAGGAGGGGUGAUGUAUGAAUUUACUAGUUUAAUGGCGGAGGUAAAUAAACAUUUGUGGCAAGAAAAAUGAAGAAAUAUGAGUGCAGAUCGUUUGCUUCUAGCUUUUGUUCAUUACUCACAGUGCUAACAGCAACUACAGUUAGUAAUGGCGUCGAAAAUGUUGGGGAAAGCGGAAAUUCGCUUGUGUUAUCCGACAGAUUUACUGAGUAUGUACUGUAUAUUUUUGAUAUUUUAUAUCAUCAAUUCGUGAUUUUUAUGUACGUACAGUAAUCAUAUGUAAGCUACAUGUAAAAGAAAUAUUAUUACCAUAAAGAUAACUUUUCACGAGUUUAAAUUUGUAUUUAAUCUUAAUUCCUUCUAAUCAGGCAAUAUAUCAAUAUUAAUAAUGGCUGACAUUAAAGCAAAAAUUAGGCGAAAAAUUCAAAAGUAAUAAACAUAUAAUAGUUAAUAAUAGUUAUAAAUAAAUAGGUUUUUGUGAUGUCCAGAAUUAUCAAUGUCAAGAAGGAGUUAAUAUGAGCCGAAGCAGAAGGUUGAGAAUAAUAGUACUUUGAGACCUUGAUCAUUUUGGAUAUAUAUCGCAAAAGCAAAUUUAACAAUUGUUUUACACAUAUUGUAUGAUGGGGUUAUUAAACUCCUAUAUAUGUGUAUAUAUAAUGAUCGUUUUCGUGGGUCUGAUGAUCGUUAUUGUGAAAAUGGAGUAACAGCUUGUUAAAGUUUUAAGUUUUUAUGUGUGUGCAUGUUAAAUAUGCACAUACGGUAGAGCACUGUUUGGGCGUGCAGUUCAAACCAGUUAAUAUUAUGUAGACUAACCCUUUAAGUAGCAAUGUGCCCAGAUGUGCCUCACUUUAUUAUUUUACUCUAUUUAACACCAGACGAUUUUAGUCAUCGGGGGGAGAGUGGGAGAUUGCUGCCACUUAAUGGGUUAAUCAGACUAUCUGCCCAUGCACCCUGUUAACCAUUUAAAGUCAAUUUCAACUUACUUUUCACUAAAAUGUUGCGAACUUCGUUCCGAACUUCGCAAAUUCGUUGCCAAGUUCAAAAGUUCAUAAUGAAAUUCACAAACAGGUUUGUAAACAAAGCCUCUGAUUGGCUAUUAAAUCAAACCAGCCAAUCAAAUGCCCAGUUUACAAACCUGUUUGUGAAUUUCAUUAUGAACUUUUGAACUUGGCAACGAAUUUGCGAAGUUCGGAACGAAGUUCAGAACAUUUGAGUGAAAAGUAAGUUGAAAUCGACUGUAAGUGGCAAUGCACCCAGAUGCGCCCCACUUUAUUAUUUUACUUUGUCUAUAACGCCAGAUUAUUUUACUCUGUCUAACGCCAGACGAUUUUACUCGUCAGGGGGAGAGUGCUGUCACUCAAUGGGUUAAAUUAGCAUUUAACACUUUGAGCUUCAAUGUGCCUUAUUUAAAGCAUCCUUUUUUACUCUGCCUAAAAACAGCUGAUUUCACUCCUUGUGGGGAAGUAACAGUCUAAUACCCCAGACUGCAGAGUAUGGCAGUUUUUGACGAGAUCUCUGGUGUGCGAGACAAUCGUUUAGGUGUGCGACAAUCCUUUCUGAACUUUAUUCAAGUGUGCACUAAAGUUAGUGUUAAUUAAUGUUAAAAAUUGCAAAAAAAUGCAACAAAUACGAGAUGUGUAGGCGUAAACAUAGCCAAACAAGUGUGCAAAGUUGUUGGACAAAAAAAUUCUCGAGUGUGCACUUGCCAUAUUCUAAUAUCUAAUAUCCCUAUGAUCAACACUAGAUACAUACUAUAAUUAUUAUAGAAGUCUUGUAAUUGUGGGAACAUUGGAUGGUAAAGUCAGAGGAUUGGAUCCUGUCAAGAAUGGAAUGAUCAGAUGGAGUGUUGCUCUUUCAGAUGAACCUCUCUUGUCAUCCAGCUUGAAUUCUGUGCAGGUAAUUACCAGAUCAGUUCAUGAACACCAUAUUAACACAUUAAUUAAGUUGCAAUAUACCAUAAAAUAUGCUGUACUAGUACUUUGUUGUUUUAAAAGCCAGACAAUUUUACUCAUCAAGGGCAGAGCGCUGGUGCUGAAUUGGUUAAAGGUUGUAUAACUAGGGAUAUUUUUAAUUGGGGGAUAAUGGAGACAUUUAUAUUAGCCCAGAUAAUUCCAUAUAUAACUGCAUGCUAACAGGCUUCUGUAAGUAGUUGGAGUUUAUUUUUACCUAUUAGCUACAAUCGCCUCUUCAAAGGGAAAAAGCAGAUCGAGUGACUUGUUUACAACUACUUGGAAUUGUCAUUUUGUUUCAAGUGCCGGAGCCACUUAAGUAUUGGCAAAUUGUUAUGUAGGUUAAGUGUAGGGAGUGUACAAGUCCUUCCUGCAAGACCCCCAGCACUGGCCUUCUGGAAAGUUAGUAUUAAUUAAUUGAACAGCAGUUCUCACAAUCUUUGGCCAAUAAUACUGCCUGAAGUAAUAUUAUUGACAGCAGUUUCUUGCCAGUGGUGAUCAAAAACUUAUUUGCUAUAUUCUGUAAAGGAAAUUAUCUAACAAAGACAAUUAACGACUAGUGAAUAUACACAUAAUAAUCCAUUUGCUAUUUAUAUAAUUAUGCAUAUUCAAAUUGUCAUUAUAGGGACAAAAAUUCUAAUAAAAAUAUAUCAAUGGCAUGCAAUUUUUUGUCUACAAGGGAUUUUUGAAAUUGGACUGGAUUGGGAAUUUUCACAUCCUGUGAGAAUAAUCUACUCCUCCAUUUGUGUAGAAAAGAAAAAAUGUUUAACUUUUUGAUUCCACCUGAUAGAUGAUGAAAGAAUUUACUGGUUUUCGUCUAAUACCGUCCUUGGAUGGUGGUCUUUAUGUUCAAUCCUCACAGGACAGUAUUGAGGUAUAGAAUAUACAAACAUACACAAUCUCACUGAGGGUUGAGAUUUACCUAACUUGGCCACAUGCCCACACCCUGUGUUAAUGAGGGUUUAAAAGAGGAGUACCAAGUGGACAGAUCUGCAGAUUUCCCUUACAAAAAAUGUCUAUAAAUAAAUAUAUAGCCUUGUCCAGGGCUUCAAAUUCAUGGUAUCCCGAUAUCCCGGCGAUACCAGAUUUUAAAUUUGGAUACUGGAAAUCACAAGCUCAGUGCUCAGUAUCCCAAGGGAUACUGAAAAAAAUUCUAUCCACGACUGAUAUUUCUGAAAAUAAUACAAGAAGAUAAACGAAGUGAAAGGUGAUCGAAUUUGACUGAGCAGGUAGACGCGCUCAAAAAAGUGCCGAAGCCAAGCAAAGUAUAAAGAAACAAAGCGUUGUCAAAAGUUUAAAAUGGCUUGAAAAAAUCCUUUCCACAGGUAACACUCGUGAACGAAAAGAUGUUUUGCAAUUGUGGAAUACUAGAUUUUCUGGGUGGAUACCAGAUUUUAAGUUGCUAUUAUCCCGUUGGAUACUGCGGAAAAAUUCAAAUUUGAAGUCCUGUUGUCUAUAGGCCAGCCUAUAGGUUCCUCUAGAUACAGUAGGUUUUCAAUAAUAGGUUUUCAUAGGCAAUUGGUGACCUAUAGGGAUGCCUAUAGAACUCUAUAGGCGCCUAUAUGGUUCUUUAGGGAAUUGGAACACUUCUUAUAUAGGCAAUGAUAGAUAGGCCACCAAUUUAGACUUUUUUCAUAAGGGAUUAUAGUCACUAUGGGGAAGAGUGUAAACAGUACAAUCUGUCGAGUUGGAACAGGAUGGAUAUUUAAGUGUAAUAUGACGUCCCUAUUUAAGACAUACUGCACAUUCUAAAUAAUAUCUGCAUUGCUACAAUAACCACAGUCUUUCAUCUGUUGUGUAUACCAAUACAUCUUGUUGCAUUUAACUUUUUUAGCCAAUGCCUUUAAAUGCAGACACUUUGUUAAGUUCGUCAUUUAAGUUGAAUGAUGGGAUAGGUCUGGUUGGUGGAAAACAUUUUCAACAAAUGGGUAUUGAUCCUGAGACAGGAAAGGUUUGUUUUUUUAAGUGUGUAAAAUAGCGAUGGCAUGUCGCCUGUACAGACGAGCCAAUAAAACUUGUCAUAGAAAACUUUCAAGAUCGUUUGCAACCAUAACCUAAUUAAUAAUGUAUUCAUUAGGUAAUAUACUCGUGUUCUGAUGAUGGUUGUGAUAGUAGUGGAUCUGAUUCGUUAAGGGACAUUCUUGUUUUAAAACGAACCCAGAAAACUGUCCGAGCUGUUAGUGAAAGGACUGGUGCUGAAAGGUAAUUAGUUUUGAUGAGUUUUGUAUUGGUUCGUUGCCAGGCAUUAAUGGCAGCUUGCCUGAAAUGAUUAACUGAUAACAGAGUUGUGAAAGGUUUUCGUUACUAUGAAAGCUUGAUAGCUAUGCCUUAGAGUCGAAAAAUUAGCUUGGUGGAAGACUGCAAGGACUGGCAUUUGUAUCAUUUAGCAAGGUCGGAUUUUGGUGGAAAUAGUGGGGGAGGUGGAAAACGUUUAGGGGAGGUGCAGCGGUCUAGCUCGCGAUCCCCAUGGAAAGUUAGAGCUUAGAACGAGCCAAAGUUAACGACCUGACGUAUGCAUGUAGUGUACAUAUGUAUCCAGUGUAUUGAAUGAAUUAUGACUGUACAUCUCACCCAAUUUUGCUCUUCAUUACAGUUACUACAAAGUUUCUUUCAAAACUUUGCAUUAAAAGUGUACUUGACACAGAGAUGAAUUGCUAUCACUGUUUCAAUUUUACAGGAAAAACGUUCUUACGAAGUGUAGACCCUAAGCAACCAAAAAUGUCAAAUUUUCACUUUGAUCUAUCAUUGCAAAAAUUCUCAGGGGAAGUGCAAAACGAUCUCAGUCAGGCCUUAAAAUAUCGUUCGGUCACGGACAUUGUCCGAUCCAUUCGUGAAAUUGUCCGACGCAGAAAAGAAACCACCGGACAUUCUGUCCGAUCAAGGUGAAACUGAGGUUUAUUGUUUGUCCGACCCGAGUGUAUUGGUGUCCAACCGAACUGUAGCUUUGUCCGACGUAAAUCAAAAUGUACCCUAGCCCAGGACUAGAGGCUUGUAUGUUAAAUGGAAAAUCAGAGUACUAUUGUAUAAAAGGUCAACUGGAAAUGUUGUUUUAACGUAGUCGAGCGCGGGGCGGCGAGCGAAAUGGUGAAGUGGAAAACGGGCUUAAGUUGUCGAAGUCUUUUUUAAUACUGCUGUUCUGGAAAGCAAGUUAAUUUUGGCUUGGAAAUAAGUAUGAAAGGAACAAAUUAUUUAAUAUCUUUACAAUUACAUUUACCGUUUAUUCAUUUGUGUCAUUCAGACUUAUUUCCGAGUCAAAACUGAACUGAAGGUCAUCGGACAUAUGUCCGACCCAAAUUCAACGUCACCGGACAUUUUGUCAGACGGCCCUGUAAAAGAUAUUUUAAGGCCUGCUCAGGGAAGGUGCGCAAAUGCUGAAAUGCACCAGAAAAUGCUGCUGACAGUUGAACUAUUUUUGUUUCUAGAUGGAAUUUUUCAGUUGGCCAACACAAACUAAGUCUCCUAAAUGCUCACUCAGAUAUCACACGCCAACGAGAAGACGGUAAAAUCAAGCAAGAUAUCCAAGUCUCCAUUCCUGAGGGGAUUGUAGCCGUUGUUGACAAAUCUGAGAGUGAAGGAGAGAAUAUCGUAUGGAAACAACAGUUCGACACACCAGUUGCUGCCGUCUGGCUCGUACAUAAUGGUGUUCUUGAGGAACUGGAUUUACUGAAAAUUGCUGUACCACCAAAAUCUUUAAAUCAAAAUAACGAGAUGCCAUUGAUGUAUUAUAUUGGUAAGAAGUUUUAUAUAAUAACUACAGUGAAACACGCAAUUUGAUUGGUCAAUAGCCGUGCAGGAUCAGGCUAUCCUGCACGAGGAAUUAAAAUGCCUUCGCGGGAUUCUCAAAAUGUCAUUGUUUCACUGUAGUAAUUUUAUAAAACAAUUACCAAAUGGUUUUCCAAGCAGGAUAGCGUGAUCCAUGCACUUGGGAUGUUGCUCGACUUUCGGAAAGCGUAAAAACACACUCGCCUGCGGCUCGAGUAUUUUUACGCUUUCCGUAAGUCUCGCGACAUCCCUCGUGCAUGGAUCACGCAAUCCUGCAUGGAAAACCAUUCCAAAAAGAAAAUCAUUUACAGGGUAGAUCGUUCUGUUUCUUCAUUCAGGUUCUCAUGGAGAUCAACGUUACAUCCAUCUAUCUGACAAGAUGGAAGACGCAGUCAGGAUUGCAAUCGAGAAAAUGAUGUCACAGUCAACCAAUCAGGAUCAAGCGGUAGCUGAGCAUCCUAUGAGGAGGAUAGUUUGGAAGCCAUAUUUAGCAACGUCUGCUUCACGUACCCCCGCUAUUGUUGGCAAAACUGAACUAGCUGUUCGUCAACCUCUUGAUUAUCCUUUUGGUUAGUAUACAAAGCCUUUUUGUCUCAUUUGCGUUUUAUUAUAGUUCAGAAUGAUAUAUACGUUCACAUUAAUUAUUUUGAAAUGUUACCGGCUUUAUUUCCUCGUGCGUACGACCAAGAAUACAAUCAAUGCAUUGUAGACGACAUAACUAUACCUGGCAAAUGUAGAAAUAUAUACUGUACCUACACUGCAGUCUGGUCCAGAGACUUGCAUUGGGGAUUGAGACUUUUUGCCUUUAACCUAACUAAUGUUAAGUUUUUCCGGUUAUACUGUAUGUAUAACUUAAUAAUGCCUUAGCAUAUCGGCGAUAACAGAAAUGAGAGUCUUUAGCGUGGUCUCAACCCAAGUUCUCUGAGGUCAACAUACUUUUCAAGAAGGGUGUAUUGUUAUACAAUGAAUUUGCAGACUAUAAAUGAGUUAUGAAGUCUAACAAAAGCAAUAAAACUUGACGAAAUAAAUUUUCCCGCUUGAAAAGCCAUAAAAAAUGGUACGCAAUGCGUCCAUGCUGUACAAUAUUCGAUAUACUUUUUCUUUCAAAUGUUUUAAAAUAGUAGAUAUUAAGUGGUCUGGGAUGAAAUUCUGUUACCUAUAUAAUUUCUCUUACUUUAAUGGAAAAUUAUUUUGUGAACACACAUAUAUACCCUAAAGUGAAGUUCAAAUUAGUUUUUCAGUUUCUUAUUAAGGCAGUUAGGCGACACUUUCUGACUUUUGUUGUUUUUCUCUUAUUAGCGAAAUUAUUCAGUUUAUUGUUACUGUUAUAUAAUUAUGUUAUAACAAAUUUACCUUUAGAUAAUGGUAAUUAUUACUAUGGUCAAUUACCAACAAUGAAUGGAGAUGAGUGUCUAAAUAACAAUACAAAUGCCGAAGGCAACAGCGAACAAGGAUUUUUAAUGAAGUUAAAGAAAUCCAUUUCCAGAUGGUGGUAAGAACGACUUAAAUCUAGUGCAGAGAGAAACAAUUUUGACUUUUGACUUUGACUUAUUAAAGUUAAUUUGCGUUGUUGGUUUAAGGCUGGUUUAGACUAUCGAAGUUUCUGUGAUCACAGUAGGAAUUUUGCAUCGGUAGAUUGUGAGUUAUGAAAGAUUUGUAUGAAAUGUUUGGGGGAACUGACUCAGUCAGUCAGAGUUUGAGUCGGUUCUACUAAUCCUUCAGAAUUUGCCCAUUCAAAUUCCUAUUGUGAUCACAGAAGCUUUGAUGUAAUAUAUGAACAACGAGAGCGAGUGUUUCACAAUGUAUGUAUAUAUACAUUGUUUUCGAGUGUUUUCGUUUGCUGAUUUGAAUAGAAUUCUUAACCAAGCAUAACGUAAUUAGGAAUGGACCGUUUGAAUUAUAGACUCAAUUUUGAUCUAGACAAAAAUUUCAUCACAGCUUGAAAGAACAUCACAAAAUUAGUAAUAUUCCAAAGUUUCGUUGCGAACUGUUGUAAAAUGCGGAUAAUAUAGCCCUGCGAAGUUUGCCGUUUUUCAGUCAUUUUGUAUUUGCACGGGAAAUUGACAGCCCAAUCGGGUGUUGGGACAUCAAUUUCCCGUUUGUAAUACAAAAUCACUGAAAAUUGCAAACUUCGCAGGGCUAUAUUAUCCGCAUUUUACAACAUUUCGCAACGAAACUUUGGAAUAUUACUAAUUUUGUGAUGCUCUUUCAAGCUGUGAUGAAAUUUUUGUCUAGACUUGUUUAGAUCAAAAUUUAGUCUAUAAUACAAAUGGUCCAUUCUAUUCAAGUAAUUUUGCAUGCGUAAUUAAGAUAUUUGAUGAAAACACACUAGUGACUUUCAUCAAGUUUCACCGGGUUAUCCAAAUGGCAUCUUGUGAUCAAAUAGGUGAUUAUCAUUGGCUGAAUUGCUCAUGAAUUAUUAAUGAAUUUGAGAAAGUGUCAAUGAUGGUGUGGUGCAAAGAUUUGUUACCAAUGUUGUUCUUUUUACAUAGGAGAGAAUUUCUUAUCUUUAUUUUCACAUUUGGCUUCUUUGCAAGGCAGAUAUUUAAGUAUUGGCGGUUAAAGCAUUCUGCUCUGGUAAGUUUGUCUCUUCGUGUCAUUAGUGUUUAAGUGAAUUUUGUGUUAAAUUGCACUUAUUUUUAAUAUUAAUCUUAUCUUUCAAGGAGAGAAAUAAUUUAAUUUUAAAUUUGCCUUGCGGCGAUCUUGAAGUGGAAGUGAGAAGAAAAAGCGAGGCCGAUAACAAAGUAAGAAAGCUUUUGAACACCACGAUUAAUAAAUAAGAUGUUGUUUACAUGACUCAGGGCGAGAUUGAUUUUGAAGUAUUGAAAUAAGUCGGUAUAAGUAUAGACGAAAAUUCAAACGGCGCAGAAUUUAGAAACUAACAUGUUGUUGAUCAUGUUGUUUAACAAUUUUUUUACUGUUUAAUAUUGAAAUGUUUUUCAUUUACACUAUUCAGCAAAUGAUAAUCAGGAAAAUAUUGCAAAUUUCCCGAAUCAUAAACCUUAUAUAAAUUUUUCUCUGGAUGAUUUUUUCAUUCAUGAACUUCGAUAUUUAUAGGCCGUACAAUCACCGUCUCCAAUGACUGUUCAAUCCCCAGAUAAUUUUGUAUCAAGGUAACUAUUAGAAAAUGUUAUUUAUAUUAAAAUGCUAUAAUACACCUUUCCGGAAAAUACUUAGCAAUGGCUAUAGACCCUUGUUUCCUUGAUUGAGAUACUGGUUUUAGAGCCCUUUAUCUUGUUCCUGAUGACGUAAUUAUAAACAGGUCUUUUAUGAUGUUUGUGGUGUUACUCUGAGUGUGCAUCCACACCGGGCAAGCUGAAAAGUUUGCCUGACCACAGUGGGAAUCGAGCCCGCGACCCAUCGUGGUCAGACAAACUUUUCAGCUUGCCUGGUGUGGAUACACACUCAGAGUAACACCACAAACAUCAUAUUCACCUGAGUACAUAACACCGCCACACACAAAAAGGUCUUUUAUAUUCACUGAUAUAACUCUAUGCUUUCGUAAAUGUGUCACUUGUAACAAUGUAAAGGGCUCUAAACCCAAUAUCGUAACGAAAACGAGGCUGUAUAGCCAAGGCUGAGCAAUUUCCAGAAGAGUGUAUUGUAUAAUAGUAUUCUAUACCAUGAAUGUUUUUGAUGAUGGUUAUGUGAUGUAAGUUAUCUUCAUUUCUAGAUAUCAGUUAGACUUUGAACAUGAGACGUGUUUGGGAAGUGGCGCAUUUGGCUUGGUGUUUCAAGCAAGAAAUAAACUGGACGAUUGUCAGUACGCCGUCAAACGAAUCAGACUUCCAAAUAAGUAUGUCUUCAUUGAACAGUCCAGAUUGAAACAUUACAGAGACUCACAUUUUGACUUCUACUACCGCUACCAUGCAUUAACGGUUAAUCAAUCAGAUGCGUUUGUUCUACCCGAUUAACGAAUCAAAUGCAUCCCUUUAUUGUCUGUUUGACAGGCUUUAUAUUCUGGUCAGCCAAUCAUGUCCAACUCUGUUCACGCUGUUUGGCUGUCAUAAGGGACGGACCAAAAAAGUGAAGGGGAGGGGUGGGGGGUAAGGUGGCAAAGUUUUUGCCAUACACAUGCAUCUUUUACAGUACAGUUCGCUUGGUGUGCAUGCAUUUUUUCAGAAUUUUUUCCUUCUGUGAAUUUCUUUUCUGUUCUUCUCCCCGUCACUUUUUUAAUGGUCAGAACCAUGAAAUUGCAUGCACAUAUUGAACAUGCUGUUUGUUUACUGCUCUUUAGCCAAAAAGCUCGAAAUAAAGUGAUGAGAGAAGUGAAAGUACUGGCCACGUUGGAACAUCCUGGUAUUGUAAGAUAUUAUAAUUCCUGGUGUGAAGAACCUCCGGUUGAAUGGCUGAGGGAGUGGGACGAUAAGUUACGAGGAGAUAGGUAUAGAGAGAAUAUUUUGUACUUACACUGAUGGCUUUAUCAUUUCUAAACUAUUCUCUAUUUUUUUAUAUACUGGAUUGUUGUAUCUGUUUUAAAAUAUUCUUCCUAGAGGUGCAGUGAGGGUCACCACAUAUUAAUUCAGUGUUACUACAAGAGGAAACCUGAACUUAACUAACUUUUUAAUACAGGGUAUAGGUCGGUCAGUUCAAAACUGUUCCCUUUGCGGUUAAGUACAGGUUGCCAAAUACAAGACAUUCAAUGCAUUCAUUAUUAUUAUUACUUUUCGAUAUUUUUAAUCAAAAAGUACAGGAGGGUUAUAGUAAUAAGGUUGAUUGAAACACGAUACGAUUACUUAAUAAGAAAUAUAUUAUUUUUCAAUAGUAAAUGUCCUACUAUCAACACAAUUCCGUCCUACACGAGCCCUUCGUCUGAUGAAGAUGUGCAGUUGCAGGAAAUGUCUCUAAAUGAUCAGCUCUCAGAUUAUGAACGAAAUGUUGACUUCACUCAAAGUAGACAAAGACAUGACACUAUUACUGUUGAGAAUGAGGACGGCUUUAAUGGGUCGACUUCAGGUCUCCAUGAAGGGACUGACAGCUCUUUUGGUGUUGAAUUCGAAGCAGAGACUUUCGAGCGCAGUGUGGCGAAUAAUAAUGGAAAUAAAAUAAACGACGAUAGUUCUGGAGUUGUCUUUCAGCAUGUGAGUAUUGUUGAGCAAUUUCAUUAAGCAAUAUCGUGCAGCCGAUCAGCAAAUGCCUGUCAAGAAAAUAGUAUUUAAUCUUUUCAUUUUAUGUAGUAAUAUUAAUAGACCGAUUCGAAAAAUAGUUGUCAAUCCUUUUGCUUCCGAAAUUAAUUUCAACCAAAAUAAUCACUGCCGCCUGCAAAACCUUUUUUGGAUCACUUUCUAUGGGACAUAUAGGGAUAGGAUUAGGUUAGGGUACGGUCCAUAACCUAUCCCUAUCCCUACAUGUCCCUAAUGUCCCAUAGAAAGUGAUCCCCCAAAACAUUUUUGUCUGCCGCUUUAUAUAAUACCAUGUAUAUAACAGUUUCUGUUGGAAAAUUGUUUAUUAGCCUGGUGUGCAAAUAAUAUAAAAUAAUGCAAAAGUGUGGUAGCUAGUCUUCGAAUCGGUCAAUAUUAAUUUUGAUGAUCAAUAAAUAAAAUAGAGAGAAUGAUGUAGUUUAUUUUUCUCUCGUUGUUUAAAACAGCACAUUAUUUCUCAUCUGUACAUUUAGACGAGCAAGAUUCUACCAUAAAGGACCAUUUCAGAAAUGAAGUUAAAUAUCGUAUCUCCAUAUGUCUGUCUAAAUAUUCUCUGUUUUGUACUCAUAUUUUAGAGUUCGGCCACACAAGAUGACAGUUUUACUUCAAGUUCGUCAGAAAGUGGAGAGAACAAGGUGGAAGCACAGCCUUUGGGUAAGCGUUGACUCGAAGGCAGACUCCGUAUAGAGCGUUUGCACAUGACGUCACAGCCGCCGUGUUUGUGUUCCAAUUCAAAAGAAUUUUAAUUAGACUCUUUUGUCUGGAACACCAACAUGGCCGCCAUGGCUUUUGUUGAGUUGGUCCCUGGGGAAUGAGUGCAAACGCUCAAGUAGCUUCUCAUUUCUCAGUUGAAUCACAUCUUGAAUAUGGGUGCCUUAAAUUAAAACGUAAUCCUUAACCAUGUUUCCACCACGUUUAGGGAAAGCGCGAUUUCCAUUGCAUUUACUGUAUAUUCAGAUGCAACUGUGUCGGAAAGACAGUUUGAAAGAUUGGCUCAAUGCUAAUACAUCGAACAGAAAUUUCUCACACAGUAUUGACAUCUUCAGACAGGUACGGUAUUUUCAACCAUUUUUGGAAAGAAAAUAAUUGACUUACACACCGAAUGUACCAUCUGAAUCAACUCGUCCCCAGGGAUUUUGGUUCCACCUACCGUGUACACUACUCGGGAGCCCUGGGGAUGAGGUUUCUGACUAACUUGAUCUUACUGACCAACCGAUCUCACUAUUAGUGUUUUGUUGACUUGUAGCUUGUUGUUGCUGUGGAUUACAUACACCAGAAAGGUCAUAUACACAGAGACUUGAAGGUUUGUAAUAUGUAUUUCAUAAGCCAAAACACAUGAUUAGUUAUUAAAGUCGAUGGUUCAUUUUAAUGGUUCAUUUCAAGUUAUUCUAUCGACGGUGACUUUUCACGUUUUAUUGUGGAUGUUGGCGGUACAUUUGGGAAGUAUAUGUGAAUGUGGAUUCCGCUUUUGUGAUUGAGGUUUGAUUAUAACUUCGCCCUAUUUACAUGUGAGAAGAGUUCUUCUUAGUUCUUCAGGAUUUCUUCCGGCACUCUGGUUUCUACUUUCAGUAUUAAAACUAGAUAAUAGAUGUCCUAACUGAACCUCCUAUAGUUUAGAAGUGACGGAACUGUCAAGUUCAAAUACAGUUAGUGUGGUCAAAUUUUUAAUAUUUGCAUGUAUUACCAUGGAUAAUAAAAUAAAUGGAUAGGAAACUAGCUGACGUGACCUAAUGUUUUUACUGGGAUUGAUGGCGUGGUUGGAUGCCUCAACCUAGUUGAAAAUCAAAUUCUCAAAAACGGCAUGUUUAGCAAUAAUACAGCUAAACAUUUUAGUCAAAUAGCAAAUAAAUGUAACCACGCCAUUCUACGAUGAAAACUCUAAGUAUUCCCAGUUAAUUUUAGCAAAUAUUUCAAGCACUAAACAGUGAAAAAUACAUCGCAAAUUUCGUUAAAAUUUGUGACGCCAAUUUCGUAGCUACAAUUGUAAAAAAAUACAAAACAAAGACGAAAAACAUUUACCUUGAAUACUUUGUCGUGGCUUAGGCAUGUUUUUAAAACAAUUAGACCAGUUUACGCUUCAAGAUCACCCUUUUAAAGUGGAAAAUAUAGCAAAACAACAAAUAUGCCGAGAACUUUGGUAACAUUCGCAAUACGCGUGACGUCACGUUUUUCAACAAGGGUGCAGUUAAUGACGUCAGAAGUUUCCAAUCCAUUUAUUGUAUUAUCCAUGGUAUUACUGUGGCGAGGUUUUUUACCCUCGGCUGCUUUAUGUUAAAAGGAGUCGAGAAUGUAACUUGUAAAACUGCAUGUUUUGUACACCAUUUAGCCGUCAAAUAUUCUGUUUGCCCUGGAUGGUACGGUCAAAGUGGGCGAUUUUGGGUUAGUUGCAGCAUGCCAUACUUCAUCAGAUGAAGACAGUGGUUUUGAUGGUUAGUUUCACAAAUAUUUCAAAUGUCCACUUUCCUGAUUCUCUUCAAGUAUUGUUUACUGAAAUUAUUGAUACGCUUGUUUUGACCAUUUGUGGUCUCUGAUUAUUUAGAAUUAACACAUUCCUCCAAUCAAAAUUUGACUGGCCAGGUUGGGACACAACUUUAUGCGAGUCCGGAGCAGGCAAGUAUUGCGAAUGAGUAUUUAACUAAGGACGAUUACUCGAUAUCCAUAUUUCUAAAUUUAUACAUGCAUUUUAACUAUUCUAAAUAUGGCGGAGUGUUGACCCUGGAUGUAAUGUUUUUAGCUUGGGCAUGUUUACUGUGUAAUUAAUGUAGACUAUAUGACCAUUUACUCAAUUGUGUUACUCCAUAUUUUUCAACAGGAGGCUGGAACAAAUUAUUGCUUUCGAGCAGAUAUAUUUUCAUUGGGAAUCAUAUUUUUUGAACUAUUCCAUAUUUUUUCCACACAGAUGGAACGACUGAAGGUGUGUUCUUAUGUAUUUUGCUUCUCAGAUUGUAUUGUCACUGUUUUUGCAAAACUGCCUAAAUGUUAUGGGACAGCAAAUACAGGUGGCCAAUUUCAGAGAUGUUAGCUCCUUUGAUCUUUCAGUCCUAUUUAUUUACCACCAAGAACUAUAAUACAUAACUCUAUAUCCUGUGUUUUUUUCUUUAGACUUUAACUGCCGUAAGAAAGAGAAACGUACCAGAAACGUUCUCAAAAGAUCUGCCGUUACAGGUCAGUCAAUAUUCUAUCCUUUCUUUAAACUAGUCGGUUACUAUCAAUACUUCCCAUUCGUCAAUUACCAUCGGAAGAAGCAACCAUAUUCAAUAUAAAUAUCAUUCUCCUUUUUUCAGAGCGAACUUGCCUUAUGGCUUCUUGCAGAGAGCCCAUCAGACAGACCUUCGGCUCAGGCAAUCUCAACAAGUCGUGUUUUUUCAGAACUGUUAAACAGAUUAACACCAUCACAACCAACAACAACUAGUGAAACAACACAUAACCCGUGAGAGCCUGGGAACGAGAUUGAUCCAGUGGAUUGAUCCCAUUGAUCUCUGUGUAAACUGGAAGGCUAAGUGAGGGGGGGGGGGGAUUGAAGCCAGUGCAUUUUAGUUUUUCUGCGUUAUGAGCAGAAGUACUCAACACUGAACGUUGUGCUGUAUAUGAAACUGAAGCUAUUGAAAAACGCUGUUUGGUGUAGAAAUUUCAAGACUUUACCUGAAACAGUAAAAGGAAAAUAUUUAAAAACUACGAAAAUAAAUGCCGAUAAUUUGCCAUUUUUUUGAUAGAAUGGCAGUUGUUUUUGUAUUUUUAAAAUAUUUUUCUUUUCGCUGAAGUCUUGAAAUUUCCACACCGAAUUGCAAUUUUCAAUAGCUUCAGUUUGAUAUAUAGCCCAACGUUUGGGAUCAAGUAUUUCUGCUCAUGCAUAACUCAGAAAAACUAUUUUGGCUUCAGCAAAUCAUCAGGCUUAUUAUUAUUUAUAGGAGUUAGCCUUUCAGUUUACAUAGAGUUCACUGGUUGAUCCAUGCCAUUUCGUAAGGCCAAAUGUGAUCCCCAGACACGCGUGUUCGCUUCUGGUUACGUAGUAUACUUGUGCUUAACUCACGCGUACAGAGUUUUCUUUCUUGGGUUUUUAGGCUCUGAUCUCAGAGUACAGUGGAGCAUAUACCUUCAUGAAAUGAUACAAUCAUGAAUCAUGUUGAUAUGUGGAUUUAUAUUUAAUGUAUAUAUUAUGUUGUACAGUUAAAAACAAAACAACAACACUAUCAUAUUUACUAAUGCGUUCUUUAAAUUGUCUCGUCCGACUGUUUUUCUUCGCCACGAAUGACGUCAUCUAGUGGUUCAUUCAAUGUUUGGGACAUUCUUGCCAGGCAAAUAUCACACUGUUCUUUAUUUGCUUCCAACGUUGCCAGAGUCUCGGGAUUGAACAUGGUCGCUGCGUCAAUAUUUUGCUUGUGAACGCGGACUAGAAAAAUAGAAGCUACGUUUUCAGACAAUGAAAGUAACCUUUCUUUAAUAUGAAACUCUCUAAUACUAACUGGCCUGACUUAUCAAGACGAUACUGGACAAACUUGUUGCGAGGCUGUUGGCCUCAUCACCCAAGAUGAUAACAAUUUUUUCCAGACUUGUCAACAACUGAGAACAAACAUUGCAAACAGUUCUUGUUGACAAGCUGUGAGUGUGAGAUUUUAUUUUUUCG